CUGCACUGACUGUUUUCCUCCCAGAUUUGAUCACAAAUCMCUUUAUAACUCUUUUAUUUGCUUCCUCUAAAGGUUCACUUCACCGACGUUGAGAAAGUUCAGUGGGUGAACAAGGUACGGUCCUGAUUAUAAUAAAGUUAUCCUCCGCUGUAUUUGUUGGGUUCUUCUGUUGAGCUGGUUGUUGUGGAACCCUUGGUUCUGAUUGGUUGUGCUUUGGGUUUGGUCAUGUGAUCAGGUGUUGGAGCAGGCUUGGCCCUUCUUCGGGAUGUACAUGGAGAAACUUCUGGGAGAAAAGAUCCAGUCGACGGUCAGGAUGUCCAACUCUGCGCUCAAAAUGUUCAAGUUUACCAAGAUCCACUUCGGACACAAACCUCUCAGGAUCACUGGGAUGAGAGCAUACACGCAUGAAGUGGACCAGAGGGAAGUGAUUCUGGACAUGAACAUCGAUUACGACAGCGACGUGGACAUCGACGCGGAUGUGAACGCAGCCAUCAAAGUUGGCAUUAAAGGACUGAAGUUCCAAGGAAUGCUCAGAGUCAUCUUGGAGCCUUUGAUUAGUCAGGCGCCGCUGGUGGGAGGAGUCACUUUGUUCUUCAUUCGCCGCCCUACUCUGGAGAUCAACUGGACCGGCAUGACCAAUUUGUUGGACAGUCCUGCGUUUAGCUCCCUGUCUGAGGACACCAUCUUGGACAUCAUUUCUUCCCUCAUGGUUUUGCCGAACCGCAUGUGCAUUCCUCUGAUUGACCAACUCAAAGUAGACGAGAUGAGAUUUCCUCUGCCUAGGGGCGUGGUCAGGGUCCACGUGUUGGAGGCCAGAGACCUGGUGGCCAAGGACACCUACAUGAUGGGCAUGGUGAAAGGCAAGUCGGACCCGUACGUCACGCUCCGAGUCGGCAACCGACACUUCAAAACCAAAACCAUCAAAGAAAACCUGCAUCCGAAAUGGAAUGAGGUUUAUGAGUUUGUUGUUCACGAGGCGCCUGGACAAGAGCUGGAGAUAGAGCUGUUUGACGAGGACAGAGAUAAAGAUGAUUUUCUGGGAAAAUAUAACCUGGAUUUUGGAGAAGUGAAACGGGAGAAAGAAAUGGAUCAGUGGUUUACUCUGGAAAGGAUUGCUCAUGGAGAUAUUCACCUGAAGCUGCGGUGGCUUGCCCUGAGCACCGAAUCCUCUCUGCUGAACGAGUCCAACGCCGGCCUGUCCUGCGCGAUGCUCGCUGUUUAUCUGGACAACGCUUCCAACCUUCCAAAAGACCAAAAGGAGUUAACCGUACAUCACAAACAUGGGAAACACGGCAAAGAGGCACGGCUCACCAAGAAGAAUGUGGGCCCCAACUCCUACGUGGAAUUUACUCUUGAUAAGGAUGUUCAGAAGAGCAAAGUUGCAUAUAUGAGUAAAAACCCAGUGUGGGAGCAGGGCUUCAACUUCUUUGUGCAGAACGUAAAAACUCAGCAGCUCAUACUUCAGGUCAAAGACCAAGAGAAGAAAUCUGUCCUCGGUUCUCUCAGCAUUCCCCUCCAUCGCCUCUUCACCAUCUCCUCCAUGUGUCUGGACCAGAACUUCCUGCUGGAGCGCUCCGGACCCACCAGUAUGAUCAAACUGAAGGUCACUCUCAGGAUUCUUACCGAGGAACAGCCACCGCCUAAAAUCCCCGUCAGUUCUCCAUCAAACAGCAAACAGCAGAAACAGCAGGUGAAAGCAGGAGGAAACGCUGCCGCUGCCACAGCUGCUGGUGCUACCGCCGCCGCUGCUCCCGCCGCCGCCGCCACCACCACCACCACCACUGCGGCCGCCACACCGGUCCCCUCCAGCGGCGCGCCUGCGGCUUCCUCUCCGGGUCUGCCUGGAGUCCCGCUGGACGGGACGAACAAGGCAGCUACACCUCAGCCGCGGCGCAACUCCUUCCUGGCUUCUGAAACCAGCAAGGCCUCCAACCURAACAUGCGUCGGUACGAUUCCCACAGCCUGCUGUCGGAGAACUCMAUCGCCUCGUCGCGCUUCGACCUCACAGACGGAGCGUCCUUUCCACAGGCCAUCAGGGACCAUCAGGGCUCGUUUGGGGAGAUCAACCUGACUGUUCGCUACGCUACCAUGAGGAACAAACUCAUGGUCCUGGUUCAUGCCUGCAGAAACCUGUUUCCCUGCAGCGAGAGCGGCACGGACUCCUACGUCCGCAUAUAUCUCCUCCCAGACAACUCCUGGAGACACCGCAAGAAGACGCACGUCAAGAAGAAGACGGUCAAGCCUGUUUUUGAAGAAAAGUUUGAGUUUGAUGUGCCGCUGGAAGACGCUCAAACCAGGCAGCUGGACGUGUCUGUCAAAAAUAACAAGAUGUUCCGGAAAAGGGAGAGAACGGACAUUGGAAUGUUGAUGUUGGAUCUCUCACAGAUCGAUCUAGUCAAAGGCGCCUCGGACUGGUACGGAGCAAAAUUCAUCUCUUUUUGUUGCUCACCUGUUGCAUCAACAGAAAAACAUACAGUAUUGUCAUAUAAUGUAGUUUCUAUUGCAAAAUUUAUCCUAAAACUGAAAUUAGGAGGUUAAUUUCYCCUYCUGUUACCGGUUUUAGAUUACAACCAGGUCA